CAUGACAAAUGUCAAAAUGACAAAUGAUAAAAAUUUUUAAAUUUGGUUAGGUAAUUUUCACUUCUCUCGCAUUUUUUUGAAAAAAUAAAUAUUAAGGAAAAAAGUACAAAAUGCUGAGAAGGGCAACUCAAAUUGUUCGACAACUUUUAGAAGUUCCCGCACAACAAAACGUUCAAUUGGCCGGAUUGAAAUACUUUCCUCCUCCCAUAAAAUACGAAAAUAUCGAAAAAUAUGAUCGUCCAAAAUUGAAUAUCAUGUUAAAAGUACCACAAUAUCCUCCUAACCUGCGACCACCCAAAAUGCAAAAGCGACUAAAACUUAUGAGAGGACCUGAAAAAGUUCACAAUACCCUCAUCCACAAGCAAUAUGGUAUUGUGGCAACUGGUGGUGGUCGUCUGCGACAUGGUCAUUAUGAAAUGUUACGUCUAACAAUUGGUAGAAAGAUGGACAUUACCCGAAUGUUUGCAAUUUGGAGAGUACCCGCUCCAUGGCAGCCUGUAACCAAAAAAGGACAAGGUCAAAGAAUGGGUGGAGGCAAAGGUGCAAUUGAUCAUUAUGUGACUCCAAUUAAGAGUGGCCGAGUUAUUGUUGAAAUUGGAGGAACAUGCGAAUUUGCUGAAGUUAAACCAUUCCUUCAGUUAGUUUGCAGACAGUUGCCUUUCAAGGCUAUGGUUGUCUCUCAAGAAAUGAUGGAUGAAAUGAAAGCAGAAGAAGAGAGAUUGGAACGAGAAAACAAGAACCCUUAUACAAUGAAGUACGUGUUCCAGAACAACCUCAAUGGUUGUCACAGAUGGAUGUCACCUGUAGAUCAUAAGUGGUUUGGAAAGUACUUGUAAAUUACGAACCAAAUAAAAAUAAAA